AUGAGGACGAAAGAGUUGGCUUUUAUCAUCAUAUUAAUCAUCUCAGGAGAACUCUAUGCAGAAGAGAAACCCUGUGGUCUUCCUAGUGUGGAAAAUGGAAGGAUUGCCCAAUAUUACUAUUCUUUUAAAAGCUAUUACUUUCCAAUGAAAAUAAAUGAAAAACUGUUGUUUUCCUGCUUGGCUGGUUAUACAACUGAAACUGGGAAACAAGAGGCACAAGUCACAUGUACCCGAGAGGGCUGGUCUCCAGAACCACGUUGCUUCAAAAAAUGCGUUAAGCCUGAGUUGAGGAAUGGUUACAUCUCUGAUGUAAAAUUAAUGUACAAAAUUCAAGAGAACAUGCGUUAUAGUUGUAAUUCAGGAUAUAAAACCACUGGAGGAAAGGAUGAAGAAGUAGUUCAAUGUCUUGCUGAUGGAUGGUCUUCUCAACCUACCUGUAAGAAGGAACAUGAAACAUGUUUGGUCCCUGAAUUAGAUCAUGGGAAUUAUUCCACGGCGCAGAAAACGUUCAGAGUGAAGGACAAAAUACAGUACGAGUGUGCUGCUGGCUACUACACAACUGGGGGAAAGAAGACAGAGGAGGUAGAAUGCCGCACAUAUGGAUGGUCUCUCACACCAAAAUGUACCAAAUUAAAGUGCUCUUCUUUAAGAUUAAUAGAAAAUGGUUAUUUUCAUCCUAUAAAGCAAACAUAUGAAGAAGGAGAUGUAGUUCAGUUUUUCUGUCAUACAAAUUAUUAUCUAAGUGGAUCUGACUUAAUUCAGUGUUAUAACUUCGGUUGGUACCCAGCAUCUCCUGUAUGUGAAGGAAGAAGAAAUCGAUGUCCUCCUCCACCUCUGCCUCUACACUCCAAAAUUCAAACAUAUUCAACAACUUAUCGUCAUGGAGAAACAGUUCGUAUAGAAUGUGAACUUAAUUUUGAGAUACAGGGAUCACAAGAAAUACGUUGUGAAAAUGGAAAAUGGACAGAACCUCCAAAAUGCAUAGAAGAAAAGGAGAAGACAGCCUGUGGGGACCCACCCAUCAUUGAGAAUGGUACAGCAAACCUGGACUCUACGAUUUAUUACAAUGGGGAUAAAGUGGCAUAUGAAUGUAAAAGUGGGUAUCAUCUCCGAGGAUCAACAGAAAUAACUUGUAAACGUGGAAAAUGGACACGUCCUCCUGAGUGUGUUGAAAAUAAUGAGAAUUGUAAGCCACCACCUGAUAUAAUAAAUGGGGCUGUUGUUGAUGGAUUAUUAGCAAGCUACACAACAGGAUCCUCAGUAGAAUAUAGAUGCAAUGAAUAUUACUUACUGAGUGGAGCAAAAGUAUCUCGUUGUGAACAAGGAAGAUGGUCAUCCCCACCUAUUUGCUUAGAACCAUGUACUAUUAAUGUGGAUUACAUGUACAGAAAUAACAUAGAGAUGAAGUGGAAGUAUGAAGGAAAGGUCUUACAUGGAGAUUUAAUAGAUUUUGUAUGUAAAGAAGGAUAUGACUUAUCUCCAUCAACCUUGUUGUCUGAAUUUUCUGUACAAUGCAAUAGAGGAGAAGUGAGAUAUCCUUUAUGUAUUAGAAAAGAAUCUAAAGGAGUGUGUGCAUCUCCUCCACUUAUUAAAAAUGGAGUCAUAAUUAGUUCAAGAUUAGAAAUCUAUGAAAAUGGUUCCUCGGUAGAAUACAAGUGUUUUGAUCACCAUUUUCUUCAGGGGUCUAAGGAGUCCUAUUGUUUAGAGGGAGUGUGGACUACACCACCAUCGUGUUUAGAGCCUUGCACAUUAUCUCUUGUUGAAAUGGAAAAUAAUAAUUUACUCCUAAAGUGGGAUUUUGAUGAUAGACCAUAUAUUUUCCAUGGCGAGUAUAUUGAGUUUCUUUGUAAGAGAAAUACAUAUGUAGCUGACCUCUCUAUUUUUGGAUCUGAACUCAGAGUGCAAUGUGACAGAGGGCAGUUAAAAUAUCCAACAUGUAUUCACAGAGAAAGGAUGCUGUCUUAUCAACAACACUUCAGGACAUAAAAAUGUAUGACAGAAAGAAGAAUAGUAUAUCAACACAUCGUAAAAUCCUUUAUAAAACAUAAUUUUUAGAAGAAAAAAUUACAAAUCUCUAAGUUUUAACUUGCUUGAAGAUUUGAAUCUAACUUGUCUAUGUUGAACAUUUUUUAUUUAUAAAUAAGCCAGAACAUGUCUCCUUUCUAAUUUGACUGAUCUGACAUGUAACCUAACCUUUAUGGCAUGCUUUCCCUCUGUUAAAAAGAUUGAUCUACAUGUUAAAAUAUUUGUUUCCUAAUAUCCAUUCAUUGUGCUAUAUUGUUGCCUUCAAGAUAUUUGUUUUUAUGAUAUUCACUAAUAUUAGAGUUUUCUGGUAAUUUUAAUUCAAUCUUUAUAUCAAUACUAAAGAACCAAACA